AUGUCCUUCAGUGCCACCAUUCUCUUCCCUCCAAGUGGCAGCGAGGCCAGAUGCUGCUGUGCCUGUAAGAGCGAGAGUGGUGGGGGCAGCACUGGCUCUCAGGGCGGUAAUCCUCCUGCCAGCACCCCCAUCACGGUGACCGGACAUGGCCUGGCGGUUCAGAGCUCGGAGCAGCUCCUUCACGUCAUCUACCAGCGGGUGGAUAAGGCAGUAGGCCUGGCGGAGGCCGCUCUGGGGCUUGCGCGGGCCAACAAUGAGUUGUUAAAACGGCUCCAGGAGGAAGUGGGUGAGCUACGGCAAGGGAAAGUGGGCACCCCUGAUGAGGAUGGGGAGAGCCAGGCUCACAGCCCCCCACGCGAGGAGCCGGGGCCUCUCAAGGAGAGCCCCGGGGAAGCCUGCAAGACUCUGUCUGCCGUGGAGGAGGAGUGCGACAGCGUGGGCAGUGGCGUGCAGGUGGUGAUCGAGGAGCUGCGGCAGCUGGGGGCAGCCUCGACCGUGGGGCCUGGGCCCGUGGGCUUCCCAGCCUCUCAGCGCGACGUGCGGCUCCCUGGAUGCGCCCUGGCACCCGGCGAAGGGACCCCGCUGCUCAACCCGCUGGUGGAUGAUUACGGGACCACUGAGGGUGCAGUCCAGCGAGUGCUGGUCCCAGCUUAUGCCAAGCAGCUUUCACCAGCUACACAGCUGGCUAUACAGCGGGCAUCCUCAGAGACUGGGCCAGAAAAUGGAACCAAGAUGCCACCUCCUCACCCAGAGGACAUGCUCAGUGCUGCUGCCACAUUGGACAGUACCUUGGAGGAGUCAGGCCCUGGGAGCACUGGGGAGCUGAGACACUCUCUGGGUUUUACUGCUUCCCCGUGCAGGAUCAGAGGGAGCGGGCAGAAGAACUCCAGGCGCAAGCGGGAUCUGGUACUCUCCGUAAGUGAGCUCAAUUUCAAUCACUUUUUUUCAGUCUGGAAAGAGAAGUGA